CGAACGAGUGAUACAUCACAGCGACUACACGGAUGAGGGUUAUUAGGUUUAGUAAGUCGCCUCGGCGACGCGAAGGGUGAGCUAGCAUCUCGUUUGCAUACUUGACGGCCCCCCGGCACUGUGCACCAGGCAAGUGCUCGGGGGGUGGACACUGGAUUACCAAUCGUAUCUAAGUGAGGCGCUAAGUAGCUUGCGAGCCUUGGACUUUCGCACGCGAAGACAUAGCAAGAAAGCCCUUAAAAACAUGGGCUGCGUUAAUUCUAAAGAGGAUGCCCUAGCGGUGCCCUCUGGCAAGGAGUUUACGGACUUGAAUAACUACGAUGCCGGCGUGCUAUCAGUUUACUUGACCGGGGGACCGCUUACAGCCAAGGAUUACAAGGAGCGUUUGGUGUCGUCGGAGGGUACCCAGUCAAUAUAUAUGCCGCAGUCGGGCUACACUAUUCGUUAUGCGUUCGUUAGCCAGCGUGGAUACUACCCCGAUGCACCCAACAAAGCCAACCAGGACUCCUUCUGUGUUCAAACAUACUUCGGGGGUGAUGCGGAGCAAUGCUUCUUCGGCGUCUUUGACGGUCAUGGAGAAUAUGGCACCCAGUGCUCGCAAUUCGCGAAGGAGAAGGUCCCCGAGAACCUGAUCAACAACACGCACUUCGCGGUGAGCCCCGAGAUCGCCUACCACCAGGCCAUGGUGCUCUCAAACAACCAGCUGCACCGCUCCGAGGUUGACGACUCCAUGUCCGGCACCACCGCCAUCACCGUGCUUCUCCGCGGCCGCACCGCCUACGUGGCCAACGUGGGCGACUCGCGCGCCGUGCUGGCGGAGCGGCACGGUGACAAGGUGGUGGCGCAGGACCUGUCGUACGACCAGACGCCGUUCAGACGUGACGAGUGCGAGCGCGUGAAGCGCUGCGGUGCGCGGGUGCUCACACUGGACCAGCUGGAGGGGAUCAAGGACCCCAACGUGGAGUCCUGGGGCACGGAGGAGGAGGACGACGGCGACCCUCCCCGCCUGUGGGCGCCCAACGCCACCUACCCCGGCACGGCAUUCACACGCAGCAUCGGAGACAGCGCCGCCGAGCGCAUCGGUGUGUUCGCCGAGCCCGAGGUGGUGACCAAGCAGCUGUCGGCGCAGCACCCCUUCAUCGUCAUCGCCUCGGACGGCGUGUUCGAGUUCCUGUCCAGCCAGUCGGUGGUGGACAUGGUCACCAAGUUCGAGGACCCGCAGGAGGCCUGCCUGAGUGUUGUCGCGGAGAGCUACCGGCUGUGGCUGCAGCACGAGACGCGCACCGACGACAUCACCAUGAUCGUCAUCCAGUUCCAGGGGCUGGAGGACGAGGCGCCGCAGAUGGCGCUGCCCACUCCCAGCGGUGCCGCGCUGGACUACUCCACCCGCGCCAUCCCCUCCAUGUCGGGCAUGGCUCUGCGCCGCCUGCCGCCCACCCGCCUGGCCGCCAUCGAGGGCCCCGCGGUGAGCCUGGAGGAGCUGCAGGGGGAGCUGCGGGCGCUGCAGCAGCGCAAGGCGGCCAUGGCGGCAGCAAUGACAGCAGCGGCAGGGGGGG